AUGCAGAACUUGGGAGAAGGUCCCGGUCAGGAUCUCACCACUGGCACCAACAUACCUGCUGAUCAGAACAAUCCUUCAGCUGACCAGCAGGAGUCCCAAGGCAGUUCUCCUCCUUCCCAAUUGGUGGGUAAAAGGAAGACUCUGCUAGUGCUUCAAGGGGAGUCCCGGAUCAAGACCAAGCAGGUGGUGAAGACUGUGACCAGCGGCAUUCAGUUGAGGAGUGUGGGCAAUACAUUUCUGACUGAGCGGAUCUGUAAGGAGGCUCCACCACCAGGGGAGGAGAUAGACAGGAUGCUGAGCAAGAGGGGGUCGCCCACACUCCGCAGAAAGUGCUCCAAUGUGUUGGAGCUGACCUGCAGCUGGAAGGAGAAGGAGCGGAAUGUACCGUCAGAGGGAGAAUUUGGAGAUGGGCGCACCUGUAGCGUGGACACAGAGGAUAGUCGGUACUCUGAGGCAGAGGAAAGGGCCCUUGAGGCAGAGAGCGGCCAAGGUAAACCUGGACAGAUAGACAGCUCUAAACCUGGACAGACAAACAGCACUGAAGCUGGACAGACAAACAGCACUGAAGCUGGACAGACAGACAGCUCUAAACCUGGACAGACAAACAGCACUGAAGCUGGACAGACAGACAGCUCUAAACCUGGACAGACAAACAGCACUGAAGCUGGACAGAAAGACAGCUCUAAACCUGGACAGAAAAACAGCUCUAAACCUGGACAGACAGACAGCUCUAAACCUGGACAGACAGACAGCUCUAAACCUGGACAGACAGGCAGCUCUAAACCUGGACAGACAGACACCUCUAAACCUGUAAAGACAGAUAGCACUGGGUCAUCCGGGGAGGCCAAGCAGAGGGACAAUGACAGCGUCUCACCGAAAGGGAAAAUUGAGUCAUGGGUGAGGGUCAAAAUACCCUCCAUCUCAGUGGGCAGAAAGGAGUUGGAUGACGCCAACAGGAUCAACGCUCUCUCAAGGAAGUACAGUGCCGUGGGCGAUCUGAAGAGCCGCUGGCAGAACUGGUCCUCGACGCACACCGUCAACCAGAAGCUCAACCCCUUCAGUGAGGACUUUGACUAUGAAUACUCCAUGUCCCUACGCCUCCGCAAGGGCGAGGAGGGUUACGGACGUCCCAAAGAAGGCACGAAAACAGCCGAACGGGCCAGGCGAGCCGAGCAACACAUCCACGGUGAGAUAGCCGACAUGUGCUAUGUGAUCAGGACUAUGAAUGACCCAGAUCCCGACGGGAAGACCCGCGUCACUUUCAGAGAACUGUUUGAUAGAUACGUACGCAUCUCUGACAAGGUGGUGGGAAUUCUUCUGAGAGCCAGGAGGCAUGGGAAGGUGGCGUUCAAGGGGGAGAUGCUGUGGCAAGGGCAGGAUGACGGUGUUAUCAUCACCCUGUUGGUGUGACGUCAUCUGCGGUGGAACCAUACAGAACAAAGGUCAUUUUUAACAUUGAAUGAUUAUGCGCUGAUAGAUGUGGAUAUGUUUCUCAAUAGGAACUUAGACAAUUUGCUGCUAUGGUUUACUGAAGAUUUGAUAUCAGUAUCUGACUCAAUAUUAUAUGUUAUUUUGUUGCUUACAGCUUUUACUAGCUUUUAAAGAACAGUUUUCUAUGUCUUUAUGUUAUAUCUGAACUCAUGAAUCAUGUUAGAACAUGUAUUAAUAUAUGCCUAAUAAAUAGCUUCUUUGACUUGAGGAACAUUGUGUAGUUUAAACAGGGAUUGAGUUUCAUGAUGCACAGCACAAGCCAACUCUGAUGAGAUUUAGGAGACAUGAAAUCUGAGACACACCAUGCAGGGGAGGCUGGUGGGAGGAGCUAUAGGAGGACUUGUCAUUGUAAUGGCUGGAAUGGAAUCAAUGGAAUGGUAACAAACACAUGGAAACUAUUUUUAUUAAACUACUUUUAUUUGAAUAACCAUACUUUCUAUUUGUCAAUCUAUCAAUCUAUUCAUUUGAAUGUAAUUGUUAUGAAGGGAGUUAAUAGUAGAAAUAAAGAAAAACCCUUGAAUGAGUAGGUGUUCUUUUGACCGGUAAAGUAUUAUGUUUUCAUGCAUUUUCAAGAGGACCAUAAUUGAAAUAACUAACUUUUUUGUGUCAUCCUUGAUUAUUUUAAUGUCAUUGUACUGUAUCCACAUGUGUGGUUAUAUUGUGUUUAAAAUUGUAAAAUAAAUCAAAUCAAAUAAAUAUUACAGGAAUGUAAUAA